CGUUGUUAAUAUUUGCUUAGAGUCAGAGAGCGCCAUAAAACUAUGACAGUAAUGUACAUUAAUUGAGAGUAUUUUAUUUCAAGAAAACACGACGAAGUUUUAGACUUUAUUUUCAAAAGGCCAACAUUUUAAAUUCAGUGUUUUGUAGCGCAACGGCUAACAACCCGUUUUUCCGAACACACAUUGAACCCAACAAAAGAAGAUGGCUGCGCCCUGUAGAAAGAUGGCGAGUCGGUCCUUCUCUCAGCUUUUGUGUUAUUUUAGUAGGACAGCUGUCGGAAGCGGGGCAUGUCGCCGGUUUUCCGUCACUUCUAUUGACAGAGCGACUCCUCGGGCCAGUACUGCAGCGGACAGAGCGACUUCUCCCUGGUCUCUGAUGGCCGCGGUGUGUCUUCAGAGGUUACCCGUCAUUACAGCGGACUGCAGUCCGAUAGAGCAGCGCUUCAAGCAGAUGUUGCAGCAGAUGGAGCUGGAGAAAAGCAUGCUGUCGGACCAUGAGCUGCGGCUCAUGGAGGACGCGGAGAGGAUGAGUCGGAGGCAGGCUGACGACUAUGACUCGGACGAGGACCUUGGUGACCAAGAGAUUAUGAUGACUCAGGACUUGGAGGACAGCUGGGAGCAGAGGUUAAAGAACUUCCAGCCAGCUCCAAGGGUCAGAGCCGACAUAGACGAGGACCUGACCUCUGUGCAACGCUGCCUGGCCGACUCUCUGGUGCUGCUGGCUGAGCAGCAGGUAGGAGCAGAGAAGCUGUGGCUGCUGCCUCAGGCUGCGUGGCAGGAGGGAGAAACGCUGCGACAGACAGCGGAGAGAGCGCUCAACUCCGUGACAGCCGGCGUCAAGGCGACUUUCCUCGGCAACACUCCCUGCGGAGUUUACAAGUACAAACUGCCCAAGGCUGCUCGGACCGAGAACUCAGUCGGAGUAAAGGUGUUCUUCUUCAAAGCCAUCCUGGCUGACGGCACUCCGGGAAGCGCUCCGACCGCGUCUCUGCUUUGGCUGAAGAAGAGCGAGCUGCAGAAAUAUCUGAAACCAGCGUACAUGAUGAAUGUCGGCCGCUUCAUCCUCAACCUGUGACCAGGGACUUAGAGAAUAUGCAUCAAGCUAACAUUGUUACCGUUUGUCGCUGAACUGUUAUUCACCGUCAGUAAAUAUUUUGUUGUUUAAUAAAACAUGAUCUCGUAAAUCUC